AUGAUACCUUUAAAUUCAGAUUUAUCGUUAUUAUCCCUCAGUAAUAAACUUUGUCUAAAUGAAAUCGAUAAUGAAAUGGCUGUUCCAGUCGAUUGUCAAAAUGGUAUUUUAGCCACAACGGAAUGUUAUGAUCGUCUUUGUUGGCAAGGUCAGUUACAACUUGCACUACACAUUACAGACAAUUGUAUACGUAUACAAAUCGUUAGAGCUCGUUAUCUUCAAGUACCUGUAGAUGAAGGUUACACUAUGUUUGUAGAAGUUCGAAUAGCACCAAAGUACUCACCUAACACAAAUACUUAUCAACUUCGAACUAAAUCUGUCCCCGAUUGUACUGCACCAGUAUUUAACGAAAAAUUCUCGUUUGAAAUUUCUCAUAUAUCUCAUAAUGACCGAUUAUAUAUUGAGUUAUACUUAAAUCAGUCCAAAUUUGGUUAUGAAAAUGCAAUUUUUCUUGGAGAAGACAAUAACUCUAUGAAUUUAUUCAAAGAAUCAAUAUCACAAGAUUUAGCCAAUUUAAAAUGUUACACAUCUGAACAUUUUUCAAUUAGUUUACCUUCAUUAGAAGUAAUUAGUCAAGAUUUUUCUAAAUCACAAUGGUAUUACUUAUUGGGACAAAAUUCUAGUUAUUGUCGUCAUAUGUCCGUAGGUACAAUACCACGUUUCUCUAAAUUGGAUACACAAGAAGAAAUCUCAUCUAUAGGAUCAUUUAAAUCAGGAUCAAAUUCAAUACCAUCUACAAUCACUAAUGUGAUGAUCAAAUCUGAAAAAUCGAAAUUACCAUCAUUAACAGGUUUCACGAGAAAGAAGAUCACAAUACCCAAAUCGGAAUCAGGUUACGGUUUUACCCUAACAUGUCAAAUGGUCAAAUUUGAUUUUCAACAAUUUGCUAGUACUCCCAUUACUUUGUCCAGUCAUAAAGAUUCAUCAAAUAUUGAGCAAUAUAAUUAUUUGCCUACUCACAGAUGCUUUCGUAUUCAUUCAGUACAAAAAGAUUCACCGGCUGAUCAAGUUGGACUACCUGUUGGAGCUUAUCUUUUAGGGAUUGGAAAUACUCUAUUGAAUUGUACAUUGACACUCAAAGAUGUUGUAGACAUUAAUUCUAAAUAUUGUUUGCCUGAUUCUAGUCGAGAAUUAAAAUCUUACAAUCUGUCAAGACAAAUCUCAAAUGAAGAGUUAAACUCUUUAAGUUCAUCAGAUCUACAAACUCAAACAAAAAACAACACUACAUAUACAGGAAUCAACAACAAUCAUAAUGAUGAACACUUCUCCCAACAUAAUGAUUUUUCAUAUAAUUUACGUUCUGAUAAUUGUAUCAAUACUGUUACUACUACCAUAGCUAGGCACUCGAUAACAGAUUCCUGCAUUACAUCCAAUAUUAAUAAUUCAUGCCUUCCUCAAACAGUUACGACUACUUCUGGCUCAGUGAUGUUAUGCGAAGAAUGUUGUAUUGAUGAAAGUAUUUUACAUAAUGAUAAUGAAAAUAAUAAUAAGAAGAAUGGAAAUGGAAGUAUAACUCGACGUACACGUAUAUUAACUUUAGCACCACCCAUAUUAAAUCUUAAAUGGGAAGAUGUAUGCUUAGAUGAAGCCAAUAGACAAUGGGCAAUUGAAGCAUUAAUUAUUAAGUUGAUAAAUAUAUCGAAUAAUUUAACUUAUGGAAUUAAUGCUUAUCGUACUGGUUUACAAAAAAUUGCUAAUUUACAUCCAAAUGAUUUAAAUUCAUUAUUUUAUAAUAUUGUUGAGAUCGCUUCUGAGACAUGUAGACUGAAACAAAAUCUACAGAAUGGUUGUCUUCCAUAUGCUGUGUCAAAUCAUACAUCAUCACCGCCAACAUCAAGUCCGUUUAUCAAAGCUGGUAUGUUAAAUAAUAAAAAUAAUUUGAAACUUACAUUAUCUUCGUCAGGUUCGUCACAAUCAGAGAGUUUUAAAAUAGAUUCAUAUACGAAACAUAAUAAUAAUAAUAUCACUGGUGGAGGACGUGGCUUACAUAAACGAUUUUCGUUUCUGUUUAAACUACGCAAAAGUUCGGUUAAUGGACAACAACCAUCUCCAAUCGAUCGAGAAAACAACAAACCAGUUAAUGACCAUGAUACUACUGACUUUAGAGCAUCAAUUAUAUCAGAGAAUUUUACUAAUAAUUUCGUAGGCGAACCACCUAAUUAUCAAAAUACAGUACAAGGAAAUCAGAUGAAGGAAUCAUCACAUAAUUUAUCGUCUUGUCGACCAAUUUCUCCACAUUCAUCAUCAUCGAUACCACCUAUACAUGGUCAUUUAGAUAAUCCUGGGACAAUUGUUGGAUUAACACUGAACAAUUUGUUGAAUCAAUGUGUAGAUUAUACAAAUGUUUAUCCAGAUCGUUUGAAAUAUUUUUAUGAAUUAAGAAAAGAAUAUCCACAUUUGAGAUUGUUUCUUAAGAACCAAGCUAUGGAACCAGGUGUCCCUAUCCUGUCAUUGUUUCUUACACUACCAUCAGAGAUACCAAGAUGUUUAUUAAAUGGUUUGAAAAAUAUUGAAAAAUUCACAAGUGAUCAACAUAAAGAUCGACCAGCUUUGGAAAAAUGUAUAAAAGCUUUAUCAGAUGCAUUAACUUGUCAAACAUAUUCACAUACACCCAAAGAUGAUAAAUUGAUUGUCAAUAAUUUUGUUUUAAAUGAUAUGAGUCACGUAUCAAAUUCUCAAUCUGUCGAAAAUAGUUAUCAGUCAUUAUCACAUAAUUCAUCUACUUCAUGCAUUACUACUACUACUACUGCUACCAAUAAUAAUAAUGGUAAUAGUAAUAAUAAUAAUAGAUCAACAGUAUCAACACUGUCAUUUGAAUGUGAAAAUUCUCCUGUAAAUCAUCAAGAAAAAUUCAAUGUUAAAGAAAACCUACAAUUAGCCAAAUUGAUGAAGUAUAUUUUACCACCUUUAUUCCCUUAUCCAAAUGAACUAUUAACAUUUAAUCCAUCUGAAUGGUCAUCAAUAAAUCAUUAUAUUAUUUAUAAAAGUUAUCUCAUUUGUACUUUAUGCUCAAAACAAUAUCCAGAUUUAAUAGUAGAAGAUACAUCUUAUCGUGGUCCUGUUUUCGCGUAUUUAUUAAAUGAUGCCAUUCUGUUAGUUGUAUCUGAUAAAGAUGUUCUCGAUACUCGUCGACCAUCAUGUUUAGUCUACAAACCAAUAACUUUCAAUUCAAUCAGCUUUCAAGAUUAUGACAUAUCAGCUUUAUCAUUCUUAUUAAUACUUACAAAUGGAACAACAUUAAAAUUUGAUUGUUCUACAUUAGAAAUUAAACUUGUAUGGAAAACACUUAUUCAACAACAAAUCAUAAUCAAUAAUAAUGUGAGCAAUUAUUCUUAA